UGCGUGCGGUCUUGUGGGGCCAGUGUGGGCGCAUCGUGCGUGCUCUUUGAGGACCGCAAGUUGACAAAGUUCACAAGCCGCAACACAGAACAGUGUAACGUAAAAUAUUCAUAGUGGUUUGUCUUCUCCAUCUGAGCCAAGAUGCACAUUUUCGCCUUGACCGCAAGACUGUCAAAUUUGAGGUUAGCGGCGAUCCCACAGCGAUUUCUGCAGCCUGGUGCCGUUGCGUUGAGGAAUUUGCACACCACGGCCCAGCUUGGCGCGGAGCCGCUUAAAAAGAAGAAGCGACUGGACCCGGCCAUUCUGCGCAUGAGGGAAGAACGGAAGAAACGAAGGAUUGAAAAGGGUAUACGCCAGCUCAAGAAGCAUGCCAAAAAGUACAAACCCAUCGAAGAGCAGGAGGUAGCCCCGAAACUGCAAAAAGAGCUAGGAUUAAGGCACAGGGCUCUGCCUGUCUUGGAUCAUGAAACGUGUCAGCUGCGAGAAGCGAUGCAGCGCGCUUGGAGCAUUUAUUGCAUGCGGAAGCAUCAGAACGAAGCUGCCAUGCUGGAACGCAUCGUGUCAACACAGGAGAAGGCUCUGGAGAUGCUGAAGGAGGCCUCUGAAGACUUAUACAGUGCAGCCAUUCAGACUGACAAUAGCUUGUUUCCUGCUCAGUUCAAGGCAAUAGUUUCUACUCCUCCAAUCAAGAAUUAUGAACCGCCUGAUGGGAAGUAUGUUGACACUACAAAGAAGUGGAGACCCUGAAGUGUACAGCAGCUUGUUGAAAUAGAUUUAUCCCAAUAAAUAGUUACCCCCUGCA